AUGGUUACAUUUUGACAAAUAAGGGUAGUACCAUGGAGAUAAACUACCUCUGAGUGCCACUACUACAGCUAUUAACAGUCGCUUUCCAUGCCUCUCUCUUCAAACCAGUGGCUACUUACUCAACACUGUACGGUUUCAAUCAUUUCUUCUCUCCCAUUUCUCUCUUUCCUCUCGUCCUUCUUCUUCUUCUUCUUCUUCUUCUUCUUCUUCUUCCCCAAAAUCCCUUUUCUCAGCUCUCUCGCUAAGGUCUUUUUCAAUUUUCGUACCAAAGCUGAAUCAUUUGCUUAGCGAGUUCGAAAGGCAUAGUUUUUUUUCGGUUUGGAAAAUGACGAUCAGCGAUCAGUUUCCUUCUGGGUUAAGAGUUCUUGUUGUAGACGACGACACUUCCUGCUUGAGAAUUCUCGAGCAAAUGCUUCUUCGUCUCAUGUACCAAGUUACCAUUUGCUCACAAGCCGAUGUUGCUUUAAACAUUCUAAGAGAAAGAAAAGGCUGUUUCGAUUUGGUACUAAGCGAUGUGCAUAUGCCUGGCAUGAAUGGAUACAAACUUCUCCAACAAGUUGGACUCGAAAUGGAUCUUCCUGUCAUAAUGAUGUCUGUUGAUGGAAGAACAACGACAGUCAUGAAAGGAAUCAACCAUGGAGCUUGUGAUUACCUCAUCAAACCAAUUCGUCCUGAAGAACUCAAGAACAUUUGGCAACAUGUAGUUCGCAGAAAAUGGACAAUGAACAAAGAGCUUCAAAGAAAUUCCCAAGCUUUAGAGGAUAACAAGAACAGUAGCAGCAGCCUGGAGACUGUUUUCUCGGUUAGUGAAUGCUCAGAGGAAAGUAAACUUAGGAAGAACAAGAGAAGGGUUGAUAGAGAAGACAAUGAAGAAGAUGAUCUUCUUGAUCCUGGAAACAAUUCGAAGAAGUCACGCGUUGUUUGGUCGAUUGAAUUGCAUCAACAAUUCGCCAGUGCCGUAAACCAUCUUGGAAUUGAGAAAGCUGUACCAAAGCGGAUUCUCGAGCUGAUGAAUGUGCCUGGUUUAAGCAGAGAAAACGUCGCUAGUCAUUUACAGAAAUACCGAUUGUAUUUGAGGAGAUUAAGCGGCGGUGUAGCUUCGCAGAUUAGGGACACCGAGUCUAUGGAAAGAUAUGAAAACAUUCAAGCUCUGGUUUCCUCAGGACAGAUACCUCCACAGACAUUAGCUGCAUUGUUUGGUCGACCAGUAGACAAUCAUAUGUCUGGUGGUUUUGGAGUUUGGACACCUAGUGGUGGGUCUCAAAAUGGAAACUUUUCGAUUGAUGUAUCAUCCUCUUCAAUGGCCGUGGUUCAUGGACUAUCUUCCUCUGCAAAUUUAAGGCAGCAAUGUGGGUUUCAAGUCAAACAAGGGAAUGGAUCACAUGUCAAUGAAGAAUCUUGGAUCUUGGAAAGGCCUCCAAGACAGCGAAAGAAUCAUCGAUAAUGAACACCAUGGAUGGCUUUAGAGGAGAAGGGCUCGUAUAAGUUCUGCAACUGUUUCCUUCACAUCUUCAGAAUGGAUUAAAAAAAGUCAUAAGAAAACUUGUGUGUCGGCAAAGUUAGGGUAAGUGUAAGAAGAUGACGAGCUUAGGACAAAGUCUUGUAUUGUAUUGCUAAUGCUAAUGCUAUUAAUGGGAAAGUAAUGGUAUCUUUUUAAUCUGAA